CCACAGGCUUUUGGAGUAAUUCAAUGGUCAUGAGCCUAUGUGAUUAGCCCAAUUUCCCGCUUCCAUACGAACCCUUUUCACACGAAGCCUAUCUUUUUCCCCUCACCCAAAUCACACCCUAUCAGACGUCGGGCUUCCUAGUUCUUUUCCCAUUUCCACUCUCCCGUCUCUUGUUCUGCUGCAGGCGCCGUCUUCCACUUCUCAAGCAGCUAGGCGUGGCAGCUUGAAUCGGAUCCAGUGAACAGUUAGCUUAUAGUGAACAAGGGUGGAAAUAGGGGUGAGGAAUAAUCCACAAAUGAUGAAUCAUGAACGGGGACGUGGAUAUUCUAAAGUCGGGAUCAAGCACAAGGAGCAUUGUCCCUGUACCAGUGUGCCACUUUGAGUGAUAUAUCAGUUGUUAUGAUAGAAAGAACCAGCAGAUGAAAAGAAAUCUUUUUCUUCUUUUUGAUUGCAAAGAGACAAGGAGUUAGGAAGAGGAAAUGUUGGAUAUCAAUAUAUUUAGAGAAGAAAAGGGUUACAACCCUGAGUUAAUUCGUGAGUCCCAACGGCGAAGAUUUGCCAGUGUUGAUCUUGUCGAUGAAAUCAUCAAACUUGACAAAGAAUGGCGCCAACGUCAAUUUGAAGUUGAAAAUUACCGAAAGGAGUUCAACCAUCUCAACAAACAAAUUGCCCAACUCAGAAUAGCGGGAGAAGACUCGUCUGAGGUGUUGAAGUUGACUGCGAAGAACAAGCAGGAGUCAGCAGAGAAAGAAGCUGAGGUUCGUGAGGCUUUUAAUUUACUAAAAGAUAAAUUAGCAGAAGUUGGAAACCUUGUGCACGAUUCAGUUCCAGUGAGCAAGGAUGAGGCAAAUAAUGCUGUGAUUAGAUCAUGGGGUGAGAAGCUUUCAGUGCCACAGGGCCAAAAGCUGAAAAAUCAUGUUGAGCUUGUUGAGCUUCUUGGUAUUGCAGAUACUAAGAAAGGAGCUGACGUGGCUGGAGGUAGAGGUUUCUAUCUUAAAGGGGAUGGGGUUCGUCUUAAUCAAGCCUUGAUCAAUUUUGGUCUUGAUUUUUUGGAGAAGAGGGGGUAUAUGGCACUGCAAACUCCAUUCUUUAUGAGAAAAGAGAUCAUGGCAAAGUGUGCUCAAUUAGCACAAUUUGAUGAAGAGCUUUACAAGGUGAGUGGCGAGGGUGAUGACAAAUAUCUCAUUGCUACUGCUGAACAACCACUUUGUGCUUAUCACAUAGACGAUUGGAUCCAUCCUUCAAAGCUUCCCCUAAGGUAUGCUGGAUAUUCAUCUUGUUUCAGAAAAGAAGCGGGUUCCCAUGGUCGAGAUACUCUUGGAAUUUUCCGAGUUCAUCAAUUUGAGAAAGUGGAACAGUUUUGCAUUACCAGUCCCAACGGCAAUGAUUCUUGGGAGAUGCAUGAAGAAAUGAUGAACAACUCAGAGGAAUUUUAUAAGAUGCUAAAAAUCCCCUACCAAGUUGUGGCCAUUGUCUCUGGUGCUCUGAACGAUGCUGCUGCAAAGAAAUAUGACUUGGAAGCUUGGUUUCCUGCAUCUGAGACUUAUAGAGAGCUGGUGUCCUGUUCAAAUUGCACAGACUAUCAGUCCAGGAAUUUAGAGAUUAGAUAUGGGCAAAAGAAGAGCAAUGAGAAGGCAAAGCAAUAUGUUCAUAUGUUGAACUCUACACUCACAGCAACAGAAAGAACAAUUUGUUGCAUCCUUGAAAAUUAUCAGAGGGAAGAUGGAGUUGAGGUACCCGAAGCUUUACAACCAUUUAUGGGCGGAAAGACAUUUUUACCCUUCAAGAGCAAGCCAGUUGCUGAACUCAAGGGCAAAAAAUCCAAGGCCUAGUUGGGAUGGCAAUUUUGGUGGAUUUUAUGGUGACUUGUCUGCUAGGAGUGUGUGUAUCAAUGGUGAGGAAAGAUUUUUAAGCAGCUGAUGGUGAGGACACGGAUAACAAACAAUUUACCUGUAGUGGCUAUAAUACGAGUAUGGAUUAAAGAGUACCAUUCUUGUGCCUGCAUAUAUAUUUAAACCAUUUAUCUUUGUACCCUAAUACAUUUUUUCUGUUACAUACAUCAGUAUUUCCUUUUUGAGGAUGAUAUUUUUGUUUUA